AGUGUCUCCUGUCUCGUUAAUCUGAGUUUUCGGACAGGAAAAGGCAACGUACCGGCCACCGCGGGCGUGACUGAGGGGGAAAGUUCAGCGCAUUUCAAGUCAAACAAGUUAAACAUCUAAAGGAAGAGUUCUGUUUUGACUUCCGGAACUAAAGGAGAACAGAAAGUAACGACGAAGACCAAGACUAUUUAUUCCUAUGCGGUGGUGGACCUGGUGAGCCAUGCCUGGCAACAGUGCAGGGAGUGUGCAGAAGCCCCGCCCCCACGGCGGGCAGACGGGCCGGGCGGCGGGUGAGGGGCAGCGUCGCAGCCGGGCACAGUCCCGGGACAGCAGUGCCAGUCAGGAGUCGUCACGGGAACCGUGCCUGGAGCCGUCCCGCCUGACGGACAUGGCGCAGGGGCGCAAGCCGCACCCCCGCAGCGCUAACGGGCGGGACUCGGAGACGCUGGGGUUCAUUCCGGGGUCGGCAGACUCGGCCCCGGCCGUGCGCACGUGCGGCCCCUGCACCCCCCCGGGGUGGGGGGGGUGUCGCGCGCUCUUCUGCUGCAUCGUGACCUGCGGCCUGUACGGGUCCCGCGAACCCUGCCUCUCCUCCCCGAACCGCGAGACCUCCACCGACGACCCCGCCCCGCCCGACCCCCAGGACUGCCCCCCCAACGGCGUGGCCAUGACGACGGGCGCCGUGCGGCAGGAGCCCCGGCCGGCGCAGCCGCUCAAGCUGCUCCCCUCCGACAGCUUCCGCUACGGCGACUUGCGCAUCGGCGGCAAGAAGGUGGACUACGCGGCCGUGGGACCCCCCCGGCGCAGCCGCCCCCCCGGGGCCCGGGCGGGGGGGGAGAGCCAGCGGCCCGUCAGCAACACCAGCGUCACCAGCGUGUACUCCCGCGAGGAGCUGGACUUCCUGGACGACCUGAGCGACAGCGGCACCGACAUCGACUCGCUCAUCACCAAGAAGCUGCUGGAGCUCUACAAGCUGCACCAGAUCGACCAGCUGGCCAAGUGCACCUCCGACUCGUCCUUCUCCCGCAAGACCAACGAGAUCAGCGACCUGAUCUACAGCAUCGCCCAGGACUACAACCUGGAGGAGCAGGAGGCCGAGUGCCGGCUGGUGCACGGGGUGAUCCGCAUCAGCACCCGCAAGAGCAAGAGGAGCGCCCCCCGGGCCAAGGAGCCCGCCCCCCCCCUCAGCGCACCCCUCAACGGGAGGCGGGACGGAACCCUGCCCGACAGCGGCAACGAAACCAUGAUGGACACCUUCUAUAGCAACGACACGGAGCCCGAGGUGAAGGUGUCCCAGCAGACUCCAUCUGACGCCCUGGCCAGGCAGAUGAGGAUGAACAGUGGGCGUGAGUACUCCCCCAGCUCGCCCACAGCCUUCUCCCCCAGCCCUCACUACACGGAGACGGACUCCUCUGGGACCCCCCUGCUGCACUACAUCCGAACAUGAGCCCCCUCACCCCUCAGUGUGAGUGUGAGUGUGAGUGUGUGAGUGUGUGAGUGUGUGAGUGUGUGAGUGUGUGAGUGUGUGAGUGUGUGAGUGUGUGAGUGUGAGUGUGUGUGUGUGUGGUUGUGAGUGUGAGUGUGAGUGUGAGUGUGAGUGUGAGUGUGAGUGUGAGUGUGAGAAAGAGAGAGUAGUGUAGUCCGUCCCCACCUUUCAGACCGACCAGCUGCAAGGAGGGAAAGAGCUGGUGCCCUGUGGUGUUCAGCCCUUUACCUGUUUUUAUUAGUGCAGUGUUGUGAGGGUGAGUGGGUGCGUGUGCGUGCGUGCGAGAGAGUGUGUGUGUGUGUGUGUGUGUGUGUGUGUGUGUGAGAGUGUGUGUGUGUGUGUAUGUGCGUGUGUGUGAGAGAGAGUGUGUGUGUGUGUGUGUGUGUGUGUGUGCUCCUUCUCCCCCGCCGGCUGGCUGCUUUGUACAUUCGCUUCCGUGUGGAAAAGGGGAACUUCUCUCUCUGGGAUUUUACUGGUCACUUUUUUUUUUUUGCAUAAUUUGAGUUUGCUUAGUUGUUUUAUUUUUCUUAAAAUAAAUAUGUGAAAAUGA